AUGAUUGAAGAAAGAGAUAUAGCUUGUUAGACAACUCUAGAAUAUAAUGAAAUCAAUGAAAAUAAUACUGAUGUUUAAUAAUAAUAAAUACAAUCUCCAAUAAAAUAAAUUCAAGUUCGAUAACGAAGCUUAACAACUUAAUAAAAUACAAAGCAACUCGUAAUUCUAUAGACAAGAACACCUAAGAAAUAAUCUAUGGCCCAUAUUGCCGAUUUAAAAUAGCAAAUCUUAGAUAUAGCUCAAAAGUUUGAUGAAAUCAUUAAUAAAGAGUAAUCAUAGAAGAAAUAAGUUCCAGUAAAAUCUUAAGAAAUACAAGAUUAAGAGAGCAUUAUCAAAGAUUAGAUGAUUGAAAUAAAAUCACUUUAAAAUCAAAUAGAAAUUAAUCAGCGUAGAUUGUAAAUUAGUUUGGAAGACAAAGAAAUAACAAAAUUAGAAGAUAAGUUAAAGUAUUUACAAGAGUUGGAAAGAAUCUUAAGAGAGGAGAACAAUUCCAUAAAGAAAAUCCAUAAUCAAUAGCAAUAAGCCUUAAAUCAACUUGGAAUUAAUGAAUAGGAUGAAAAAUUAAAAAUGGACAAAUUGAAUAUUCUGAAAUAAGAAAAACAAAAAACUAAAUAGUUAUAAGAAUAAUUAAGACAAUUAGAAAAUUAAUCCAAAUAAAACCAUAAUAAUUGUUAUAAAUAAGUUGAGAAGUUAAGAUGGAUUGAUAACAGAGUUUUAGAAUACAAUAAGAAGAAGAAGAAGAAACCUAUUAGUAAAGAUGAUGUUGAAAUCUUAGAAAGUUAAUUGCAUGAAUUAGUUUAGGAGAUAGAAUAAAAGAACUCAAUUAACUCAUCAAAAUUGAAAGAAUUGGAGAGGGAAAGAAAAUAGUUGACAAUGGAUGUUGAGAUCAGAGAAAGAUAAUUGAAAGAAAAAGAUAAAGAAUUGAAAUUAACUAUAAUGAAAUUUAAUGAGAACAAGAGAUUUAUAAUUAAAAACGAAAUAACAAAAUAAUGA